GCGAGUCGUGUCGCCCAGGGCGGGAGAGGCUGGUGCUGCGGGAGCUGCCCCGGCUGCUGAGGUGCAGCAGCAGAAGCGCCGUCGAGUGGAGGUGCCCCGUGCUGCCGGUGCUGCCCAGCAGCGCACAGCUCAACCCGCUUCUGCUGCUGCUGCCGCUGCUGCUGCUGCUGCUGCGGCCCCUGUUCAGCCCAAAGCUGGCGGCCAGGCGCCUGGAAGCCGCCUGGCGCGUCAGCAACCCGCCCCCGCCCCCCCAGUCCCCUCAGUGGCACCAACCAACGCCGCUGCAGCAGCACCUCCACCCCCGCCACCACCACCCCCGCCACCCGGGGCAUCAGCACGAGCACCCAGAAGCGCCCCCGGUACCCGGCCGGCAGGGGGCGGCCGCAGUGAAGGGCCGUCGGGAUGUGGUGGGGCAGGCGCAGGUGGAGGGGAGCAAUGGGUGGCUGGAAGCGCCGGCAUCGGGACAACUGCAAAGACGGCUGCGGCGCUGGCGAAGCUAGGAGAGUUCCUAGCGGCUCGUCGCGC